AUGCCGAAACUUCGAGUCUGUCACUCUACUACGCCGCCUAUCCAAUGCGUCCUCCGUCUUUCUCCGCGUUCAUCGCGUCCAGCGCGGUCCUCUCAUCGUCUUCGUCCUCGAACCUACGUCUCAAACGCAUCCCAGAAUCUAGCACAGUGGCGCAUCGGACCCCAUGAGGAGCUAUGGUUCACUCCGUCUUCACCACAGCUCUUCUCGCCAACCGGCGCUGGCGCAUUCGAUAGUCCAAAUGGAGAUGCGAAUGGUGGCCACCGGCCCCCAGAUGAACGGAUAAUCAAGCUUGGAAAGACUCUACGGAUUCUUUCCCCGCUACUACCGACAAUGCUUGUAAACCCUCUUCCACCAGAGAUCCUCUCCCCGCAUGUCACCCUCCAUCUUUUCCCGUCGACACACCCACAUCUGCCAACAGUCAGGGGUCGAGUACUAUAUCGUGCAGCCUUGUGGACGGUACCGGUUGCCUGGAGUAGCGUACCGCUGGUCGGAAACGUCAAGCUGCAGAUUCUAAGCGAGCGGAUGGUUCGCGCAGGAACAGUGAUCGAUUCUCGGCCAAGCGGCGAAAACGACUGUGGCGAUGAGCGGCUUGUUGUACGCUGGAGAACGGAGGCGAGAAAUGAACAUAAUGAGCCAGUCAACUCUGCGCAUCAGAGUAGUCGUCAGGCAGCCUCUACAGACGGGACAAACAAGGGUCUCAGCGUCCUCCUUGGAGGCGAAGCGCCCAUAUUCAAAUUGUCCAAGGAAGAGCAAUUCACCGGACUCUUCAUCUUCUCUUUUGAUGAGGAAGGUCGAAUCUCCAGCCAUACCAUCGAACAUGCGGAUGAUGCUGAUGGAUGGGAUCGCACCGCGAAAUUCGUCACGUUGACAGACUGGCUGCUUGGGAAAGCACGAGGUUCUAUGGAUCCGUCCGCAGGCCCUGGGUUGGCUAUACAUGGUUGCAAUAGUCUGGACUCUCUUCGUUCAGGACGGACGCACGCUUGA